UCAAUUAAUAAUGUUAUAUUUUCCCAUGUUUGCAGGGCUAAUCUCAUGUCAGAGUCUCAAAUUAUUAAGUUCAAUAUUGAAGUAGAAACACAUGAAAUUCCAGAUGCUCGCUCAUAUUUGCAGAAACUGAAGGAGAUGCGUGUCAAGAGGGGCCUUAUUGAUGCGCAAGGCAUAGAGGAUUUGCAGAUGGCAGCUUUGGAUAAGGUUGAGAGAGAAAUCAAAAAGCCACUAAUGAGGAAUGACAAAAAGGGAAUAGCUCUUCUUACAGCUGAGUUCGAUAAGAUCAACCAGAAGCUUGGCAUUCGUAAAGAAGAUCUGCCCAAAUACGAAGAACAGUUGGAGCUUAAGGUUGCGAAGGGACAAUUAGAAGAACUGAAAAAGGAUGCUCUUGAAGCAAUGGAAACUCAGAAGAAGAGGGAGGAGUUUAAGGAUGAGGAGAUGCCCAGUGUGAAGUCUCUGGACAUCAGAAACUUCAUUUAAAACAUGAAAUUUGUUUCGAGGCUUAUUUUCCUUUUGCGCCUUGUUGAUCUCCUUGCUACCCUUGAACAUAAAUUUUACUAUCCCUAGAAGUGUAGUUGUAUCAGACAUCCAAGAGGCUGCCUUCUGAAUAAUAAGAGGUCUGACCAAGAAAUUAGCUUUUGUAUGCUUUUGGGGCCUGAGUAUAUCUUUGCUCCUCAUUUGUAACUGAUCUUGGUCAGUUGUUUUUUGCACUCUGUACUCGAUUUUAAUGAAAGAGAACUAAGAUGCGUGAUUGUAUUAAAUUUUCAAUUUCGAUGCUUU